AUGGCGCUCUCUAGCUCCCGCCGCCCUCUCCUCCUCCUCCCCCUCGUCCUCCUCCUCUCCCUUGUCGCCGCCAUGAUGGCGCUCACCUGCGCCACCUCCGAGGUCAUCGUGACCAGGUGCUGCUCCACCUCCGAGGUCAUAGUGACCAUGUGUUGCCCGCCGCCGACGCCCACCGUCAACGGCAGCUGCAGCCUCCUCUCGCUCGUCGACGCCCUCCCCUCGGCCGCCGCGCGGACGGGCUUCGCCUCUCUGUGGACCGGCGGCGCGAUCGUGCGCGGCUUCUGCUUCGGUGACACCGCGCCCGACCCGUGCCUCCGCUGCCUGUCCGACGCCAGCAGAAAGAUCACCGACCAGUGCGGCGACGCCAGCCGGCGCGCGGACUUCCUGAACGACGGCUGCUUCCUGGGCUACGCUGACACCAGCGCGUCCUCCGCCGGCACGGACGACGACAUUAGCGCGGGGAACUUCUCCGGGGACGCCGUCCCGCGCCUUGACGCCGCCGACGUGCAGAACCUCGUGGCCGUGGCGCAGUCCCUGUGCAUGCCGGACCGCGACGCGCCGGAGUGCGCCCGGUGCCUGCGGGAUUCGACGCUGCAGAUGGCCAGGAGCUGGGGGGCCACCACCGGCGCCGUGCAAGGAAGCGUGGCCGCGGUCCUCGGCCCCGACUGCUACCUCUGCUUCGAGAUAUCGGCACUGCCGCCGCCCGUAGCAGAGCAGAUCCGUGAGUAG